GUGUCAACGAAGGAAUGUAAUUGAUGCCUAGAGAUUACGCGAAGCUGAAGCGUGAGGGAUAAAAAUUGGCUCAAAUAUACUACAGCAGUACACAACAGCUGUAGCGUGAAGUGAAGUAAGAACUGACAGACUCUCUUAUCGCCUGUGUAAUGAUUACAAGGAAAACAUGCUUGUUGUCAGUUCUGGGUAACUAGUAACGAGACAGACAUAGUCAAUAUAAGAAUGUUGCUCUGUAAACUUUGGUGGUUUCUAGCUGUUUCAGGUGUCUCAGUUAGAGCACUGAAGCUAACCGCAGCCGAAGAUAAAGUUAGCGUGAACGUAAGACAAAAUGCCUCUCUUCAUUGGACUUUUCACAUCAACAAAGGUGAAACGUAUCGAAUUUUAUGGGCGACAAGCACUGUGGAUGCUUCUGGAACUCCUAGAAUGAAAGAUGUUUUGUUCAGCAAAACUGAAAAACAGGCGACCGCUACACCAUCUUCAAAAAUGCCCCCAAGAUACGCUCGCAGAGUCAAAAUAUUACCGCCAGCUACGCUGUUCAUCCAGCGGGUCGAUCUGUCAGAUGAAGGUUUCUACAUAUGCGAGAUAACUACGGCGUUUCGGGCAAUCAGAAAGGCUAUCAACUUGACUGUGAUAGGUUAGUGCCAAUUUUCUUUUACUUUUCUUGCACCUUCGUUUCGCUUUUAAUUUUAGGGUGGAAAGUAGUAUGGGGACCUGCAAGGUGAAUCAGCUGAAUAACAGCGACAUUUGCGUACAUUAGAGCGCUUAAUUAUGCUCUUCGGAGCACUUUUGGAGCUUUUAGUAAACAUUAUAAAUCGUGCAUAAGGUAAUGGACGCCUUUAUCGUCCACUUUGCAUUCGAUGUUCAAACAAAGUAACCGAGAAGGCAUCCAGAUUUGAAGAUUCGGCCGUGCGGUUAUUUCGGUUUGGAACAAAGAAAGGUGACCAAGAUCAGAUAAAGAUAAUAAUACGCAGAUCUUGCAUAAAAUCUGUUACUCGAGAGAAAGCCAGGUUGUAAACAAUAAGAUAAAAAAUUCAUCUGUAACCACGGCUUGAAUGCGGGAAUUUCUUUCAGUAGAUCGGUUUCUUAGCAAAAGGAAAUUGCUACUCUAAGUAGGGCACAGUUGAAUUUGGGUAUUUAGACAAACACGCUUGUUGAGGGCAUAUCUUGUCAUUUCUUUGUCAACAGCGCAAUUUUUUCGUUGAUUACCUCACGUUAAAUUACCGGCUUAUAGAUUGUCUAAGAGUUUUAAACCGUUCCAUUUAUUGAAAGACGUGUAUAAAAAAAGCCGUUCAG